UAUAAAUACCAUUCGCCCACAGAGAAAACAACAGCUUAUUUCAUCGUGUCACAUAUAAAAUAAUAGAAAGUUUCAGGAUAUAUAUGAAGAAUGCUGACAUUGUUGCAGCCACUUUGAUCAUUUUCUUGGGUAUAUGCAAAACUUUAUGUUUUAGAGUAAAAUGUAUAAAUUACUUCCUAAGUCCACCCCUGAUCAUUAUUCUGAUUUUCCCAUCUCCCAAAAAACCUCAUUAGCCGCAGUUCCAGCAGAAUCCCUAUGUGAAGCAGUCUUUGCAGGAGAUAGCUUCUCGGGUUUGGAAGCUGCAUUUGGGAGAGUAGAUGGAGUUUCCAAAACGGCCGCAGGAUAUUGUGGAGGGACUCUAAGAAAACCUACAUAUAGAGAGGUCUGUGAAGGAAGAACCGGCCACACUGAAGCAGUCAAAGUCACCUACGACAAGAGAAUUAUCUCAUACAAAUCUCUCUGUGAUAUCUUCUGGGAAACCCAUGAUCCAACCAACAAAAUUUACCUUGAAUUUGGAGUAGGGACGCACCAUAGAUCUGCAAUAUUUUACAGCAACGAAGAAGAGAGGAAGCAAGCUCAGGAAUCAAAGAUCAGGAGGCAAAUGAAGCUGAACAAGAGGAUUGUAACCAAAAUCAUACCCUUUGACUCUGAGUUGUUCUUCAUGGCAGAGAACCAUCAUCAGAAAUACCAUUUGCAGGCCAAGUUUAGGCUUUGUGACAGCUUGGGUCUGAGAAGCACAGAGCAAUUUGUUGAGUCAAACUUAGCUUGCAAACUCAACGGGAUUUUAGGUGUGGAAGAAAAACUUAUUGUUGAUAAACUGACGAAAUUCCUGAAAACCCAUCAGGAGCUCACAAAGCAGACCAAGUCAGCCUGUGAAGAAAUCAUUUUAGAACUCCUAAAAGAUGAAGAUGAUGAAUAUUUUGAAAAUCCAAGAGUUAUAGAAGGAAAGCAGAACAAGUCAGCUCCAGCUUAAUAUGUUAAUUACUUAUAGAAGAUAAUGAAGCUGCACAAAACGUUUGCAAAAUUAGUAAGUAAACCAAAUUAUCUCCAAUUCUUAUAUUAAAAAAAUUCAAAGGCAGCAAAAUGACAGCUUAGAACAAGGAGCAUCUUGAUUGUAUUUAUAUAAUGGAAUGGAAUGCAUGCAUUUUUUUCCUGGCA